UGAUAAGGAACGUCGUCUCUACCUCUCUGCCAAGGACUGAAACCAUCUCUCGCUUUUGAAGCCUCUCGCUUGUCUUUAUUUUAUCACACCUAGAGUGAAUUUUCACUCAUUUCUAGUUUUUAUUAGUUUUUCUCAGUCUCAGCUGUGUUGACAGCGGUGUGUGUGUGUGUGUGUGAGGGAAGGUGUGUGUGGACUAUGCUCAUCUCGGUCAAUUAAAGUGGGAGUGGAGGAAUUGAUUCUGUGGAGAGAGAGAAGCUCCACAACGUGGACUGAUCGUACAGGAUAAUUCUAAAGAUGCAAAGAGCUGCCACAGUGUCUGUGACUCAAUCCACAACAUUACAGAGCACCACGGCCAUCACCAAAUCUAGAGAACAAAUCCUUACCCAGAGCUCAGGAGCCAUGAUCGCUGUCAUCGUCAUUGGUAUAAUCAUCAUUCUCACAUUUUUGCUUAUAGUCCUGAAGACGUACAACAGGAGGGCCCACGCGAAAAGGAUGCUGGCAGGGGGCUCAAACAAACCACGAAAGAAGGUGUCAUCAGCUACCACAAACACAAACAUGGCCAUGAGCAACUUGGGCGCAAACUCAAUGACUGGAAGCGUGCAGUCUACCGCGAUCUUAGAGAAUGGAUUCCGCAUUCCUCGGGUGGAUCUGGGAAACUUGGAGCGGAGUAACGGGGAGCAUUUUAGCACCAACAGUGGCUCAACUAGUGUGACGAUACAUGACAUGCCAUCAGUUGAUAACACAUAGCACACAUUCUCAACACUCACGCGUGCUAAAGCACAUGAACAACGAACAGAGCAUAAUAGAGCCCAAUGGAAAAUGGUCUUCAUAUCCGUGUUGUUACCAUUAACUAAACUGUCCGAACAUUUACUCUGGUCCAACAUCCGAAGUUGGGUGUUGUGGAAUUUUGGGGGACAUUCUAGACAGGCAUUGCAUCACUGAAAGCCCAAGACCCUAUACAUUUUAAUGAAGGACUUGAGGAACAGGUACAAAUGUUCUAGCAACGUGUCCCACCACUUACAACUAUAUUUUUAUGCUUAGCACUGGAUUUGGAGAUAAAAUAUUUUAGCUAAACAAUAUACAUUACUGCUAUGAACAGAAAACAGUUUUUUUUGGUAAAACAACAGAUUUGGGCACUGCUUCUGGUCCUCUAUGAUGCAAGAUUUCAGCUACAGAUAAAGGAUGUCCAAUAUACAGUAUAUAGUUUGUGUAUAACCAUGUAAUUUGCACUCUCUGUAGAGUGAAGUCUCUUACAAGUUUUACUGUUUUCUGUGAACACAUUCAAAUAUUAUACUGUGGGUUACCAUGCAAAAAGUUGUUUUUAUUCAAGUUCAACAUUUCUCUAAAGAGAUCCAGACAUCUCCAAAGACAACUUCAAUGAAGUUUAUUCACAAUCUGCAACAAAACUACGGUAUUGCAUGAGAAUAAAAGAAAAAACAAGAAAAAUACAGCAGCACUUGAUUAUAUAAACAUGUAGAAAUACUUAUUUCGAGAACAGUUAAACCAAGCUCUCUGGCUAAUGUUUUAGUGCAACAUCUCAACAGAAACACUCAGGCACAAGAUAAACUUUUUUUUUUUUCAUUAGAUCAU